AUGGGCACUGCUAUGGUGGUCAGUGAGGGGGGGGGGAAGCAGGCGCAAGUGAAUGCGGGGAUCGGCGCAGCUGACUUGAUCGGCGCUGUGGAUUCCCCCCAUCCGCUGGCGGUGGUGCUCCGCCUGCUGGACGCGCGGGGGAGGGCGGAGCGGGGGAACGCGGAGGCUGUCGGGCAGGGAGGGGAGCGCGGGGCGGAGGAGGAGGAGAAGGUAGAGAAGGAGAAGGGGAAGGAGAAGGAGAAGGAAAAGGAGAAGGGGAAAGAGAGGGAAAAGAGCAAGGCAAGGGAGAAAGAAGACGGGCAACAGCCCGCGCUGCUAGUGCUCCGCUUCGAAAUGCUCUGGAACCUCGGGAUCAUCUGCGACUCAGGCCUUCUAUUCCCGAAUAUGGCAAAGGAGCCGUUAGCACGGGAGAGUGGGUUCGUGGCGGCUCUCUCUGCACGCGUCUCCCGCCCGUACUACUGGGCGCAGCUCAUGUGUGGCCUGGAUUUUCUCCCGCCCCUCCCUCCUUCCUUCCUGCUGCCCCCCGGCUCUUCUGCUGCUGCUGGUGCGGCUGACGGUGCUGCCACCGCUGCUGGUGCUGCUGCUGCUGCCUCUGCCGCUGCUGCUAUGGAGGUCGAACCUUCUGCUGCCACAUCGUCUGGUGCUGCUGCGCCUCCUGCUGCUCCAUCUACUGCGGCUGCUGCAGGAGCGGCAGUGGCAGUGGCGAGAGAGGGAGGGGCAGCGGAGACAGGGCCGGGGGGAGCACGGGCACAGCUGCUGGAGCGGCUAGAAGCGUUCAGGGAGGAGCGGCGGCUGGGGCGAGUGCUGCAGGCGAUGAGGGAGCGAGUGACGGCUGCGAGAGAGCUCAACUGGCAGCUUCUCAUUGGCCCGCUGGGGUUCCCAAACGCCACGUGUAGCAGCCAGAUUGGGGGAAAGGCUGAAGAGGGGGAUUUGGCUAGUGGGAAGGGGGGGGAGAAGAGAGGGAAGGAGAGGCGAGGGGAGGGGAGGAGCGAGAGGGAGGGGGAGAAGGAUAGGAGUGACAGGAAAGGAGAUGAGAAGAAAGGGGAAGAGAAAAAAGGGGAUGAAAGGAAAGGGGACGAGAGGAAAAGAGACGAGAAGAAAGGGGAUGAGAGGAAGGGUGAGAAGGGAUCAGGGGAGGAUGGAUCGUCUCGCGGCCGAGGAGAAGGCACGGGAGGAGGGAAAGGUAGAGACGAGGCUUUCGGGAGGCUGGCUGUGGGUGGAUUUGGAAGAGAGAGCAGCUUGCCGGUUGGUGGGUUGGGAGGAGAGUGUGCCUUGCCGCCUGGUGCUAUGCUUGCCCAGGCUCUGGUGAUAGCACAAAGGAGGAGAUUGGGUGGACUGGCCGGUGCAGUAGGGUUGGGAGGGGUGGCGGGGUUGGCAGGGGUAAGUGGGGUUGAAGGGGGGGGCACAGGGGGCGCCGGGGGUGGAGGGGGCGGAAGGGGUGGUGGGGAUAGUGGGAGUGGUGGGAGUGGAGAGCGGAAGGGGAGGAAGGAGGAGGGCGAGAGGUGUGUGUGUGACCUGCAGGCACUGGUGGUCAUCUAUCCUGACUUCCCUCGCCGCCCGCCUCUCUUCUCUCUCCAUCUCCUUUCCCCCACCACUCCAUCCGCGCAUCAGCAACCCCUCCUCCCCUCCUCCACUGCUCAAGUCACACUCUCUCCAUCUGCUUCAUCCCUCACUUCCCAUGCCUCCUCACUGCUGGAUGGGCUGUUCUCUCUCGAGUCUGAGGUGAACAUGGGGAGCAUGGGAAGUGCAACGAGCCCUCCAUCCGCGUACCUGACUCCAACCAUGGCUGCUCUCACCACCAGCUCCCUCUCCUCAAUGGUGGCGACUUCCGCGUUUUCCGCGUGUGGCGCGUCAUCUAGGGCUCUUGCCAGCUCAGCCGCUAUCUCGGGAACACCCGUCCUGCGCUCCGCUGUUUCCGUCAGCAAUCGUGCACCGGCUGGCAAGGCUAACGGUUCCGUCAGGUGCUCCGCGAAGCCGUCGGCUUCCAACGACGAGAGCAACCGAGCCUUCGCUUUGAGAUCUUUCCGCGAGAAGAAGGCUUUCAAGGCCAUCGCAGGACUCAACAACUUCAAUGCCGAUUCUGUUGCCGCUGUCGUCUCCGCUGCCGAGAAGAUCUGCGUGUCGGCAGUCGAGCCGGAGAAGUUCGUCGAGGCAGUUGCUGCUGGCGCGCACAUGAUCGAGAUUGGCAACUUCGAUUCGUUUUAUCCAGACGGCCGGGAGUUCACCGCAGAGAAGGUUCUCGACUUGACUCGUCGCACUCGCCAGCUGCUCCCCUCCAUCGCCCUUUCCGUCACCGUUCCCCACACUCUGCCUCUGCCCGAACAGGUCGCUCUGGCGGAGGCUCUGCAAGAGUGCGGCGCUGACGUCAUCCAGACUGAGGGCGGAACCAGCUCAGCAGCUUCCUCUGCUGGCGUUCAAGGGCUGGUGGAGAAGGCCACCCCCACCAUCGCAGCCACCUACUCUAUCGCCCGUGCCGUCACCAUUCCAGUCAUGUGUGCCUCUGGCCUCAGUGCUGUUACUGUCCCUCUCGCCUUCGCUGCUGGCGCCUCAGGAGUGGGUGUUGGAUCGGCCAUCAACCGCCUGAAUGAGCCUAUUGCAAUGGUGGCAGCGGUGCGGGAAAUUGCAAAUGCGGUGAAUAGCCAAGUCACCGAGAAGAAAGCAGCUGCCAGUGGUGCUAACAAUUGA